AUGGCUGUCACCGACAAAAGCGACGACUUUGAUGUCGGCACAGACGUGCACGCCGCCAUCAACGACUUGACGAGGCGUCUAGCUGAGCAUAGCAAGAAUGUCGACAAGGAACCUAUCAUCAAGGUGGCCCAGCCGGAACACGUGCCGUACCUGCGCAAGAUUGGGACGCCUGGAGCUGCGCACGACGUUGGGACAGUUCUCGAAGAGGCAUUCACAGCUUUUGACUUCCGUCUGCGCGUCAAUCACCCACGCUUCAUGGGUCUGAUUCCGUCGCCGACUUCUCCCGUCGCGUGGCUGGGGGACGUGGUCGCCAGCGCAUUCAACGCUCUUGGUGCCUCCAAAUUGCAGGCGUCGGGGCCAGUCGUGAUCGAGAAGACGCUGAUCGAGUGGCUGGCCUCUCGCAUCGGCUUUCCAGCCACUGCAGGCGGCGUCUGUGUGUCAGGGGGCUCCAUGGCCAACUUGAUGGGUAUCGUGCUCGCGCGGGAUCGAUGUGUGCCGCACGGGGAGGAACAACGCGCCGUGGCAUACCUGUCCGACCAGACACACUACUCUGUCGCCAAGGCACUGCGACUGCUGGGUUUCAAGAGUGACCGGGUCAGAAAGCUGCCAUCGGACGAGAGCUUUCGCAUGGACGUCGGCGGGCUGCAACAGGCCACCAGGGAUGAUCGUGCCAGCGGGUUGAUGCCGUUCCUGGUCGUCGGUUCCUGUGGCACGACGAACACGGGCGCCGUCGAUCCUCUGAAGCGGAUCGCAGAUGUCUGCAAGACGGAAGGCAUGUGGCUGCAUGUGGAUGGUGCCUAUGGCGCAUCAGUUUCCCUCUCGGCUACCAGACGCGACGUGGUGAACGAGUUGCAAUACGCCGACAGCCUGUCCUGGGACGCGCACAAGUGGCUCUUCCAGACAUAUAGUUGCGGCCUGUUCAUUGUCAAGGACAAGGCCAACAUGGUGAAAAGCUUCGCGAACAAGGGCGAUUACCUUCGGGAUGGAACGGCGUUUGUGGAUGAUGACAUUCCCAAUUUCUGGAAUUACACAAUGGAACUCACGAGACCCGCCUCACGCGCCAUGAAGCUGUGGUUUACUCUGCGUGUGAUCGGCACGGAGAGAAUCGGCGAGAUGAUUGACCAUGGUUUCAAACUCGCCGAGCGUGCUGAGAGCGAGAUUCGGGCGCUGCAGGAUUGGGAGAUAUUAAGUCCGGCGAAUAUGGGUGUCGUGACAUUCCGCUACGCCGCCAGGGCGACAGCGGCGGAGCAUGGCCAGCAUGAGGAAGCGCUCGACGCGAUCAACUCGAGGAUAUCCAAGGAACUAAUAUCGAGCAACGUCGCGGGCAUUCUCACCACCAAAGUACAAGGAAAGGUCGCGCUGCGAAUAUGCGCUUUGAGUCCCCAUCUAGCAUUGGAAGAUAUGGCACCGGUCCACCCGGUGGCUCUGAUAUCAGAAGAGGACAUUAUCGUUACGAAGCAAGACUGA